CAUAGCAAAAAUGGCUCUUUCUUCUUCAUUUUCAUCAUUAUGUUUUUCCAUUAUUGUUGCCUUAUCUUUAUUCCUGGUCCUUACAGGGCCGACCGGUUCGGCUCAUAAACUCCACAAGAGCUUCUAUCGUAAUACUUGUCCAAAACUUUUCCCCAUUGUGAGAUCUGUUGUUCAAUCAGUUGUUUCCAAACAGCCUGUUCUAGGAGCUGGUCUGCUUCGCCUCUUCUUUCAUGACUGUUUCGUCCAUGGUUGUGAUGCCUCAAUAUUACUGGAUGACACUUCAACGUUUACUGGAGAGAAGACAGCAGGUCCCAACAAUGGAUCUGUUAGAGGUUAUGAAGUGAUUGAUGAAAUCAAGUCUAAGGUGGAAGCAGCAUGUCCCGGCAUUGUCUCUUGUGCUGAUAUCGUAUACAUUGCGGCUCGUGACUCUGUUGUUCUUCUUGGAGGGCCAUAUUGGAAGGUUAAAUUGGGAAGAAGGGAUUCAAAGACAGCAUUCUUUAGGCUUGCCGAGAGUGGUGUGCUUCCACCAGGAUUUUCUAAUCUCAGCAAUCUUGUCUCUACGUUUAAAGAUCAAGGCCUCUCUAUUCGGGACAUGGUUGCCUUAUCUGGAGGCCACACAAUAGGGCAAGCAAGAUGCAUUACUUUCAUAGAUCGUGUAUAUAACGAUAGAAACAUUGACCCUUCUUUUGCCAAGUCAAAGCAACAGCUUUGUCCAAAGACUGGAACUCCAACAAAUUUUAUAGAAAACUUGGAUGUUAGAACUCCUAAUUAUUUUGACAAUAGCUACUUCAAGAACCUCCUCAACAAGAAGGGACUUCUUCACUCUGAUCAAGCUCUCUUCAAUGGUGGUUCCACCGAUUCACUAGUUCAGACUUAUGCCCAGAACAAGAAGGCCUUUGAUUUUGACUUUGUUGCUGGCAUGAUUAGGAUGGGAAACAUCAAACCCUUAGUUUAUCCAAAUAGAGAGAUCAGGAAGAACUGUAGGAGAGUAAACUAGAAGAGUUAAUUAAGUCUGAUUAUAAAUUUGAAGGCAAAAUAUAUUAAUAUUGUGGGAAAUUAAAUGUGAUAGCAUUUGAUUAUUGUCAUGUAUGUGUUGAAGUUAUUUAUAAUAUGGGAAGACUUGUUGCAUUAUAAAUGUAUGUGUUAUGUGUUG